AUGGAAGCAGUCGAACAAAAGCCCAAUGGGUCGCCGGCUGAAGCCCAAGCUCGCCAGGAAGCCAACUUCGCUGACAUCGAAUCUCGAUUGCCAAAACGUUUUAGAAGGACUGAAAUGGGCUUGAUCGACAAGGGCACCGCUCUCCUGGGUUCGAAGAAUCCCUUUGGCAAAAAGGCGACCGCCAAGGACAACGUCGUCUGGCUUCUGGACAACACUGCCUACCGCCCUGUCAGGCCUGGAAGAGACGACCCUCAGGCGUGGGAGGCCGAAUUCGUUGCCUGCUACUUUUACAAGGGCCGCAGCGACAUUUCGAAAAAUGUUAGUGCCAUUGCGGACAUUAUAGGCCUGGACGGCAAGACGGGGAGCAAUGAAGAGGCCAGGAAGAGGAUCGAAGAACGUCUCAGACCCUUCAUCAUGGCGAUUGCUCCCGCUCGCACUAUCGACAUCAACAUUCCCUGCCCCACUCCGAACGGGACCCCUCAUAAACGCUUACUCGGGCCCUCGAACAGCAAUGGUAUCAGUAGCCAGAAUUUGCUCACUGGUGGCGCUGAUGAUGCCGACGGAAAAACGGUCAUCUGCACCAGCGAAGGGAAUGUAUUCCCCGACCUGGAAGGGAACACCCGUUUCGCAGGACCUGAAGGCUGGGGGGUUAUCUCCGACAUUGACGACACCAUCAAGGUGACCAUGACCACGGCGCCAAUCGGUAUCCUGCAGUCCACGUUUGCUGAUAUUCCCGUGACGACGUCUGGAAUGGAAGAUUUCUACAAGGUCCUGGACGAGUCGCUGAAAAAGCCUGCUUGGUUCUACUUGUCAGCUUCUCCCUACAACCUCUACCCAUUCCUUCGUGAGUUUCUUGACAAACACUACCCGCAAGGGACUAUGAUCCUGAGGGACGCCUCGUGGAUGAACUUUGCUGGCCUGCUACAGUCACUUACCCUAGGUGUCGAAUCAUACAAGACCGACCGUAUCGAAAAGAUCCACACCUGGCUACCCCGACGCCAUUUUAUCUGUAUUGGUGACUCAACACAGUCAGAUCCGGAAGCCUACGCUGAUAUCUACACCAAGUAUCCGGGUUGGAUCAAAGCGAUCUACAUCCGUAAGGUCACUGACGCUCCUCAUAUGGAGGACAAGAACAAGCCUCAGCGAUUCAGGGACGCCUUCAAGGACGUCCCAGACAAUGUUUGGAGGGUUUUUGUUGAUCCGAAAGAGCUGGCAGACCACGUCAAACACGUCGCCGGCGUUGCACAUCCAGGCAUGCUAGGCAACAUGCUGAGUAUGUAG